UGGGACUGCGCUUUAAGAGCGUAAGUAGAUCUCAGCGGCGUCGUUGUUUGCUGCCGUCUCAUCUAGCUGCCCCUUGCCAAGCGUGAACUGUUUGCGGUUAAUCACGAUGACGGGGGCGUUUGCGACGCCAGUUGCGGUUGUUGUGGCCUGUCAAUCGCUGACUUUGCUUUGUAUUCUGCUUUUGUUGAUAAUCGGGAGCGGCGACGCCGACGUCGCCGCGUAGUGUUCGCAAUUUAAGUUUUUGGGGCCCGUUGGGCCAGCAGUGUUGUCGACGUCACGUCAGUUUAUUGCGUCGGCUUGUAGAGCUUGCUAGCGCGUUUUUUUGUGUUCUCGCUAUUCUCAGUUCCAUGUGUGUGCCUGUGUGUGUGCGUGUGUGUCGUGCUGGCGUGCAUGUGUAUAUGUGAUACUCUUCUGUUACUGCUCUGCUCGUCUUCUUCUGCCUCUUCUUCUUCUUCUUGCCAGUUUUUGUUGUUGACGUCGCCGCAUUGUUUUUAUUGCCGUUGCUGUCGUUGCCGUCGUGGCCGCCGCGCAGACCAAAACUUGAUUGUGAUAUAAUUUGUUAAGUAUUUAUUUAUUUGUAUUUGGCACAAGCGUGCCACGACGGACCCGAUUGUGCCCCAGUGCAACCGCAUUAAAGCGCAGCAGUAGCCGCAACCGCGCCGCAGUCAGAGACGCAGUCUCAGCCCGCAGCAGCUAACAAAACACAAAACACUUACGAACUCGCAAACUUACGCACCCGCGCUCUCUCUUACUCGCUCUCGCCGGUCACACUGUCUCGCUCACUCGCGAUGGUCUACUCCACGAACAUACUGCUAGGCAUUGUGACCAUACUGACCGCUGUGUUCAUCUGGUCGCGCCGCACCUACGUCUAUUGGCAGCGACGCCGCGUCAAGUUCGUGCAGCCAACGCAUCUGCUGGGCAAUCUGAAGAAGGUGCUCAAGCUGGAGGAGUCGUUCGCCCUGCAGCUGCGCCGCUUCUACUUUGACGAGCGCUUCCGCAACGAGCCCGUCGUGGGCAUCUACCUGUUCCAUCAGCCGGCGCUGCUCAUACGCGACCUCCAGCUGGUGCGCACCGUUCUAGUCGAAGACUUUGUCAGCUUCUCCAAUCGGUUUGCCAAAUGUGAUGUGCGCCACGACAAGAUGGGCUCCCUGAAUCUGUUCUUCGCCAGGCAGCCCGAGUGGCGCGAAAUACGCACGCGACUCUCGCCGGUCUUCACCGGCGCCAAGAUCAAGCAAAUGUUCUCACUCAUGGAGGAGAUUGGCUGCGAUCUGGAGUGGUAUCUGAAGCGCUUGACCCGCGAUCUGCGACGUGGGGAUGCCGCCAGGGGCGUCGUAGUGAGCAUCAAGGAUGUGUGCGACCUGUACAACACAGACAUGAUUGCGAGCAUCGCAUUUGGACUCCGUUCAUACAGUCUGCGGAACACGCAGUCUGAGAUCGGUUCACAUUGUCAGGACAUAUUUAGGCCGAAUGUGCGCCGUAUAAUAGACUUCUUUGUGAUAUUCUUUCUGCCCAAGCUGGUACCGUUGUUGCGGUGCAAGCUGUUUACGGAGCCGCACUCCGAAUUCCUGCGCCGUGUCAUCCAACUGGUGAUCGACGAGCGUGAACGGGGCGGCGAUCUGCGCAAUGAUCUCAUUGAAAUGCUGCUCACGCUCAAGAAGGAGGCCGAUCUUCAGCAGGACAAGACACACUUUACGCACCAUCAAGACUUUCUGGCCGCCCAAGCGGCCAGCUUCGAAGUGGCGGGCAUUGAGACAUGCUCGUCGACCAUGUCCUUCGCCCUGUACGAGCUGGCCAAGCAGCCGCUGAUGCAGGAGCGAUUGCGCCGUGAGAUACGUCAUGCCUUCGCUCUGGCAGCUGCUCACGGUUCCCAUGGCGCGGGCCCGGGUCUGAGUUAUGAGCUCAUCGGGAGCAUGCAGUAUCUGGAAAUGGUUGUCGAGGAGACGCUGCGCAAGUAUCCAAUUGUGCCGCUGCUGGAACGCGAGUGCUCGCCCGUCAACAAGAAGCGCUUCUACUCGCUGCGCCCACACGCCGAGUGUUACGCCCGGCGCGGCAUGCCCGUCUUCAUAUCCAAUCUGGCAAUACACCAUGAUCCCCAGUACUGGCCAGAACCAGAACGCUUCGAUCCGGAACGCUUUAACGCCGAGAACAAAUCAAAGCAGACUCCCAUGUCGUAUCUGCCGUUUGGCGCCGGGCCGCGUAAUUGCAUUGGACUGCCAAUUUGCCAGCUACAGAUAAAACUGGGACUCAUCUACUUUCUUCGCCAGCAUCGCGUCGAGUUCUGCGACAAGACCGUGGAACGCAUCACGUUCGAUGCCAAAUUUGCUCUACUCGCCAGCGAGCAUAGCAUUUACCUCAAAGUUGUUGACUGUUUAUAGCACAAGCACCUCAUGACUAGAGCGCAUCACCAAUACCAUAUCGUGUCCAUAGCCAUCGUCAUCACCGUCACCAUGACCA